GCUCCACACAAUGACCAUGUAGAGUGAGCAGAGGAAACUGCUCAGCUCCAGACUUCGCCACCCAGUUCCCCAGGACGUGGCUAAAGAAAGCAUCUCACUGAAGAGAGAGAGAGAGAGAGAGACAGACACUCAUAUUACCACAGGCAGACAGACCAAGAACAAUACUGUUUGAACAGGCUCAGGAAAGCAAGAGGGAAUCUCUCUUUUUGCUGAAGAGUGGUUCGUAGCAGCUGGGCUGAAUUUAUCACAGUAAGAGAAAAGGAAAGAGUCUGUUAACUUGGGUGAAAAGUCAGAAUCAGUGGACUAUAGAAGAGAUCUUGAAGUUACUUCAUCAUGGCUCACUCGACCCCACAGAAUGGAGUGGACGGACACAAGGAUCCUUUGAUAGAGUUGUUUGUUAAGGCUGGGAGUGAUGGAGAAAGCAUUGGUAACUGUCCCUUUUCUCAACGACUCUUCAUGAUCUUGUGGCUGAAGGGUGUGGUCUUUAACGUCACGACAGUUGAUCUGAAGAGGAAACCUGCUGACCUGCAAAAUCUGGCUCCGGGAACACAUCCCCCAUUCAUAACCUUCAAUGGAGAAGUGAAAACUGAUGUCAAUAAGAUUGAGGAAUUCCUUGAGGAUAUCCUGGCUCCACCCAGGUACAUGAAGCUGGGGACAAAGCACCCAGAGUCCAACACAGCUGGGAACGAUAUCUUUGCAAAGUUCUCAGCUUACAUCAAAAACUCUAAGCCUGAAGCUAAUGAAGCUCUAGAAAAAGGCCUGCUGAAAUCACUGCAGAAACUGGAUGAGUAUUUGAACACACCCCUCCCCGAAGAGAUCGAUGCUGACAGCAUGGAGGAUGUCAAGGCCUCCAACCGCAAGUUUCUGGAUGGAAAUGAGAUGACACUAGCAGACUGCAAUCUGCUGCCGAAGCUUCACAUUGUCAAGGUUGUGGCAAAUAAAUAUCGGAACUUUGACAUUCCCAAAUCCAUGACGGGAAUCUGGCGAUACCUGCAGAAUGCUUACACCAGGGAUGAAUUCACAAAUACAUGCCCCGGAGACAAAGAAAUUGAAAUUGCUUAUGCAGAUGUAGCAAAACGUCUCAGCAAGUGAAGGUGGACAAAGCCAGCACAAGCAUUCACUAACAGAAAAGCUUUUGUUAACAGACUACGCUUUCCUUUUAUUGCAUGGUUUUGCAAAGUUGUCAGAUAUUUUAUAUUUUUCAUUGGAUUAUAACUUCAGGUAUCUCAGACCUUACUUUUUUUAUAUAUAUAUAUAUAUUUUUAGGAAGGGCUUUCAAGGUUCAAUAAGCUAAGCUAACAUUUGUCUAGGUGACCAAAACCACUUGGUAUUUGAUAUCCAACAAGGUGCUUCUUGAUAUCUAUGGGAAAAUGUUAUAGGAACCUGUGCCUUUAAAACCUUGUGCUGUGAAAGGUCAUUCUAUAAUAUGUGAAAAAUAGCAAAAGAACAUUGCUCAUCUUAGUCAAUUUUGAUCACAUUUACAUGUAGAUAUCACAAACGCAAUCUUAGCUUCAAAAGUUAACAGGUUAAAAUUGCCUCCUUGGUUAGUAUCACAUUAGUUGACAGACAACCUAAAUGUAACCACCACCAUUAAGUAAGCAAGUAACCUUGAAAGCCCUAGUUGUAGGUAUUAAAAAAGAAAUACACAUACAAAUGCUAAAUAUAAUGAGUUACAGUAUUCAGCUGAUCAGUUUUAUCAUUGUAUUUAUAAUGCUGCAAUAAUCCUCAAGUCCUUGACUGGUUAAUCAUAAGUAAAAUAUUGCCAUUUGCCCUAUUGUUAAACUUCAUUCCAAACUAUUAUGACACAUUUUAUUAUUUUCUUUGGUUUUAUAGGUAUUUUGAUAAGUUAACAGGAGAAUCAGUUUGCCUUGGGUUCCGUGGGCUGAAUUUUAUGCUGAUCGGGCGGGAAAUCACACGAGAUGAUGUCGGACGAGCGCCCGAUGUCAUCCCGCGCUUGCGCGAUAUUUUGGUCGGCGGGCAUGUGCAAAAGCCAGAAGCACGUCCGCCAAUUAAGAGAGAAAUUAAGCCCAUUAACGACGCAGUUGUUUGUCAUUUUAUGUAACUCCAUCCAACCUUGCGGUUGACAGACGGGCGAACUGGCCAGGCAGCAUUUACAUUUUUCAUGAAACCUCAUCCAAGAGCGGGAUUAGGCUUCUGUUAUUAAAUAAAAUAAAAAUAGAAAUCUGUGGACACCAUUUUUAUAACCUGUAUGUUCAGGUGAUUGAUUGUGAUGCUUGGACAUAUUAUUCCUGAUUUUAAAAGCUUUAUUUCCUGGUUUUCCGGUCUUCAGCUCCCUGAGACAGGUCUCUGCCUUCAGGGAGCUUUCUCUCAGCGCUCGCCCGUGCUGAUGUCAUCGCUCGCCCUCCUCCCACAACCACCCUGGCAGCGUUGAGUUUUUCAGCAUGUGUUUCACACUGGCUGAAAAUUCAGGCCCUAUAGUUGAUAUAGAGGGUGGCUGAGCAAGAGAUUAAACAAAAUCAACACUGAAGUAAAACAUGGUGAUUAGUGGCUGUAGCGGGUGAUGCAAUAUCCAGUUCAUAGAACUUUUUAUAAGUUUUUGUUAAGUGUACAUUAUUGUUCUUACAAAGAUACACAAGCUGAAGACAAUAAAGUCUGGAUCAAUAGCU